AUGAAUGAAUCGAUGUCGGCCUUCUCUCGUCGACAGACGUACAGCAAUGGCGGGGGGAUGAGCUUCAGCGGGAGCACCAUUCACCUUCCUUUCGAGAGGCUACUGAGCGUCGGGGAAGAAGACCGCCGGCAGAAGCUCUCCAGGUACAGGAAGAAGAAGACGAAGAGGAACUUCGGCCGGAAAAUCAAGGUGAGCAACGGACAGUUUGCUAGCUCUCUCUGCAACUCCGACGCCCGAUUAUCGCUAUCGCCCCCCUCCCCGUCCUCCCUUCGAUUUUUUCUUCUUAUGGGGAGAGAAAUCUAGCGACCUGAUCAUCGACAGGGGAAAAUUUCCAUAUAAUUCACUAAAUGAAAACAACCUAAAACAAAAAGUCAAACAGUUUCACUUGGCAGUUUGCUGUACAGCCGCAAAUUGGAUCUUCUCUCCUUUAUUCGCCAUCUGUACUUCAAUUAUGGGGGACGGUCACAGACUCGGACACAGACACAGAGAGAGAGAGAGGGGAGACGUGCCACGUGGCGAAAAAACGAAGCUUUCGCCUUCUGCUCCCUAUGAUACACUGACCGCUUAACUGCAUAUAGAACUCCAUUGAUUUCAUGACAAGUGCCACCGUGUCUUACGCCUCUCUCUCUCUCUCUCUCUCUCUCUCUCUACUCGCAGUACGCUUGCAGGAAGGCUCUGGCAGACAGCCAACCGAGGGUGAGGGGGCGGUUCGCCAAGACGGAGGAUCCCGAACCGCCGGCGUCCAGCAAACCCGUUUCUCCUGUGCCGACAAACAUGUAA